GCUUUUACGGUUUAUAUUUCAUCACAUACACAAUUCUUGAUCUGUCCAGCAGUCUCAUACAGUAUUACAACAGCGUAGUUCUAUAUCUUUAAAGCAAGUGAAAAGAUCAGGACAACUGUAAUGAACCAUAGACUAUAAUGAGCACAGCAAGCUUGGGGUCGAUGACUACAUUAACCAGCAGGCUUUGCAGCGGGAUGACUUUCCUUGUUGCCUGGCAACGCUCCCAAACUUAAACAGCUACCAUUCAUUUAGAAGAUAAAAAUCCAAAGGAAGCAGAUGAUUUAACAGCAGAAAUGUCUGAAGAAAACACAGCUAAUAGUGUCGGUGACCAGGCUGAGGUCACAAAGACAGCUUCCCGGGAAAACACUGCAGAAUGUGAUAGUGAAAACUCACUGACGCAGCAGGAGGAUGAGGAGGGAUCCAGGCGGCUCCCUGCAGACAUGUACUACAAGUAUGAGGAGCUUCACUCCAGACCGUCCAUCACACCUGACUCUGAAAUCCCAGAGAACCUCCUGCACCUCUCUCACACCUUUGGCUAUGACAGCGGGCGCAGGGCGAACCUGCAGCUGCUGGAUGACAGAACUCUGAUCUUUAUAGCAGGUAACCUGCUCAUCCUUCUGGAUGUUUCCACCAAGGAGCAGAGAUACCUCCGCUCCUGCAGUGGAGGAGGAAUCGGCUCCAUCACGGCACAUCCCAGCAGGCAGUACUUCGUUGUCGCAGAGAAGGGAAACCAACCCAACAUCAUAAUCUAUGAAUAUCCAUCGUUACGACCGUACCGCAUCCUGAGAGGCGGUACAGAACGGGCGUACAGCUUUGUGGAUUUUAACCGUGAUGGGAGUCUGCUGGCCAGCGUGGGCAGCGCGCCCGACUACAUGCUGACGCUGUGGGACUGGAGGCAGGAGGAGGUGAUGCUGAGCUGCAAGGCCAUUUCUCAGGAGGUCUACCGAGUCAGCUUCUCCCCGUACAACCCGGAACUACUCACAUCAUCAGGAUCUGCACAUAUCAAGUUCUGGAAAAUGGCCAGCACCUUCACAGGUCUCAAACUGCAAGGACUUAUAGGACAUUUUGGGAAAACUACAGCGACUGAUAUUGAAGGCUACGUGGAACUACCUGAUGGGAAGGUGGUGUCCGGCUCAGACUGGGGCAACUUGCUGCUGUGGGAUGGAAACGCCAUCAAGGUGGAGAUCUGCCGUAAGGGGGGGCGGAGCUGCCAUACAGGGAUUGUCCAGCCGUUUGCUCUGGAGGAUGGACAGCUGAUGACGUUCGGCUCUGACGGAGUGGUCAGGGGCUGGGACUUCGAGAGCAUUGACACUGCUGACAGUAACAGCGAUAGCAGCAAGUUUGAGCUGGAGCCCAUGAAUGAGAUGGUGAUCGGACACAACGUCCGCCUCUCCUCUGUAGUGAAGAGCUCCACGCCUGACUCCUUUCUCUGGUUUGCUAAGGAUUCCAGCGGAGCCAUUUGGAAACUGGACCUUUCAUUCACCUACACGACUCCUGAUCCAGAAUGCCUGUUUUGCUUCCACGCCGGAGCGAUCCAGGGCCUGGACGUGUCGAGGAAAAGCCACAUGAUGGCCACGACUGCUCUGGACCGUUCAGUCAAAGUCUUUGACUUCCUGGCAAAAAGAGAACUGACCACCAGCCGCUUCAAUCAGGGUGGAACUGCACUCAGCUGGGCCCCAACUUUGGUGAACCAGAGUGGAGGAUUACUGGUGACAGGCUUUGAGGAUGGGGUGGUCCGCUUACUGGAACUGUAUGAUCCUCAGAGACUGCAUGUUGUCACUGGGCGCAGCCCCAAGGGAGAUGCCAAGCUGCGCCUCAAACAGGCCUUCAAACCCCAUAAUGCUCCUGUAACUGCUGUUGCAUAUGAGCGAAAUGGAGACAUCUUAGCCACAGGGAGCUCAGACUGCACUGUGUUCUUUUUCACUGUUGGGGAAAAAUACAACCCCAUCGGCUUUGUCCGCGUUCCCGGGCCGGUGCAGGCGCUGGAAUGGUCACCUCAUUCCCACAAUGAAAACAGGCUGCUCAUCCUGUGUCAGAGUGGUCACGUGGUCGAGGUGCACAGCCCUGAUCCAGAGGCCCAGACGCCGACCAAAACCUUCCAGCUGCCUGAGCUGCCCAGCAGAUGCUUCCGGUUCAGGAGCAUCAAGUCUCGAAUCAAGAGAGAGGAGGAAAUCGCAAGACGUCAAGCCAUAAAGGAGAAGAGGGAGAAAGAGAGAGAAAAGCGGUUGAAAGAGUCAAAGCAGCCAGACUUAGAACUAGAAGAAGAAGAAGAGGAAGAAGAGGAAGAGUUGCCUGCUAUUUACAUCCCUGACCCUCCAAGUCCUCUCUACUGUGGCUUCUACUCACAAUCUGGGCAGUUCUGGCUCUCCAUGGGAGGCUUUGAUUCAGGUUUCUUGUAUCACUGCAAGUUCUCUGAGCAGCAGGAUGAGGAUCCAGUCCAGCGGCAGGAUGAGCCCUUUGACUUCCUGCCUGUCCAAAACGCAGACAACAACCCCAUCCGCUCCAUCACCUUCAGCUCCAACAGGCAGCUGCUGCUCUGUGGCAUGCACUCAGGGUCCAUCAGGGUUUACCCUCUGCAGCCCAGCGACCACAACCUCACCUCCAUGCAGGCCUACUGGGAACUGAGUGUCCACGACAAUCACUAUGGACACCUGCGGUACAUCCGCUGUAGCCAUGAUGACCACUUUGUGCUUACAGCGGGAGACGAUGGGAACAUCUUCUCCUUCAGCCUGCUUCCUCCAGAGGAGCUACAGAAAGGCCUGCAGAGAAAGAGGGCCAAGGUUCCUUCACCCAGGGUGGGUCUUGAGAAUGAGGCGUUGGCUCAGGACAUUGAGGACCCAGCAGCCUAUAGCAUCGAGACGGCUAAGCAGAAGCUGGAGAAGGACCGUCUGCGUCGUGAGGUCGACCUGAAGAUUUCAGCGAAGCGAAAAAAGCUGGUUGAGCUCCAGAAGAAGUUUAAACAUCUGCUCAACGACAACCAGAGUCUGCCAGAGCACGUUCGCCUCAAAUCUGCGGAGCUGCAGCUGGACCAACGUUUCAAUGAACAGGCAGAGAAGGUGAAGGCCCAGCGGGUGAGAGAGGUCAGAAAGCAACUGGGCUGGGAGAUGGAGCGCUGCUGCAUAGCACUCAAAAAACUACAGGACUGGUUCAAGGACUCUUUGGAGUCCAAAGUGGUCACUGUGGUCGCCAUCUGUACCAACCACAGAAUCUCCAGCUACCGUCUGCCGGCGCUCACUGAGCCUUCAGCCUGGCUCAGACAGCAGAGCAGACCUGGUCGUCCCGAUGAAGAUGGAGCAGCCACACAAGAGCGCCGAAGGUCCAGAGCUGAGCCUGCAAAAGACAGCGGGGAUUUAGAAGACGACAAGGUGCUGCGUCCCCUGAUGGCUCGUCCAGCGGGGAUAAAGCUGGGAGAUCGGCAGGUCGAGAGGCUCCGAAAAGCUGCAGAGAAAGCUGAACAAGCACGAGCCAAGAUAGAGAAGAGGCAGCAGGAAUGGGAACAACUGUAUGCAGAGAAGCCAAAGGAAAACUGUGAGGAUCCUCAGGAUGUGCAGGCCAUCUGUGAAGCCAAAGAGAACAUUGGAGACUUAAAACUGAAGUCAGCCAAAGACUUCACAGUGCCAAAACACCUGAGGAUGAACACUGAGAGGAAGAUAACAGAGAUGAUAGCCCUGGAGGGAAAAAUCCGUGAGAAGCAGACUGAGAUGAAUGGUCGGAUCAUGACGUUGCGGGAUUCCAAGGUUCGCCUGGUGUCUCAGUUGCAUGCUCAGGCUCAGCAGCUGCAGAAGGUCCAGCAGUAUCUUGCGGACCAUCUCCACUCCCCUCCACCCGCUCUGCCCACUAUUCUACCAGAGGAAACCCCAGAGAAGAGGCUGCGGUACAGCCGCGCUACCCUGGAGCGAUACCGGGUUCUGAGGGAACAGAGGCCUCCCACAGUGGAGCAGGAGGAGCAGGAGGGGGCUGCGGGUUUAUUGGAGCAGCUGGAGAAAGAGAUGGAAGGAGAGGAAGAAGAGGAGGAGAGAGGAGAGGAAGGGACACCCUGCCUGUCAACUUCAUCUGUAACCACAGAGGAAGAGACAGCAGUGGAGGAAGGAGUAGAGCUGAGCGAGCUGGAGGAGGAGCUUCUAAUGGAGAAGGAGAUCAAACUGCUGUACAUGCAGGACUCUCUACUGGAGGAGAUGGAGAGUUCGAUGUGUCAGUUUGAUGCGAAGCUCCUGCUGCGUCACCAGAAGCUGCAUCUGGACUGGCAGCUGAAGCUGGCUGACCUCCGUCAGCUGAUGCUCUACCAGGAGCUGCUGCUCCUUAAGGAGGUCGACAGGAGGGAGGAAAUCCUGCAGGAGAAGCUGAACGCUCGCAUGAAGGAGGAGAACAGCAUCACGUCUAAGCUGGAGGAGUAUAAUGAACAGCUGGAACUGAAGCGCAGAGACAUAGCCAAGGUGCACGAGAGAGAGAAGGCUCUGGCUGCAGCAUUCCAGGCCUCGCUGGGCGAAGACAACAAGUUUGAAGAGUUUCUGACCAAAGUCUUCAAGAAGAGGAUCAAACGUGUCAAGAAGAAGGAGCAGACGGAAAAUGAAGAAGAGGAGGAGGACAGUGAUGAAGACUCAGAUGAAGACGAUGACUGGGAUGAUGAUGAUGAUGAUUACGAAAGCGACAUGGAGGAGGGAGGAGUUCCUCUGGAUGACAGCGUUUGCCCUCCAGGCUGUGACCCACAGUUGUUUGAGAACACGCUGCAGCUGCGUGAGCGACGGCUGGACCUGGAGGAGCUGCUGGUGGAGGAGAAGAAGAGCGCUGAUGCUCUGGAGAAGGAGUGUGAUACCCUCAUCAAGAAGGAGAAAUCGGUGAAAAGCAGUCGGAAGGCAGCAGAGGGCGACUUGGAGUUAGUCAACAGGGAGAAACAGCAGAAACUUAACGAACUGGAUAUGGUGAUUCCUUUCAGACUGCACCAGAUCGAGUUUGUCGUUAACGGUUCAGUGCCGUCUGACCUGACCCCGACGCUGGUGCUGAACAGGAUGGAGCUGAGCCGGCUGCAGGAGCGUGUGAUGGAGCUGCAGGCGGAGAAGACUCAGCAGAAAGAUCUGUCCUGUCAGGCCCGCCAGCAGCACGUCAGGCUCGUCCACGACCGCAAGGAAAUGAAUGUUGAGAUACAGGUGUUGGAGAACCAGUGCAACCAGCUGAUGAUGAUGAAGUUUGGGAGGCUGGUGGAUCUGGAGGCUCUGCAGACGCUGUCAGGGAACAGGACACUGGAGGAGCUCAAGCAGGAAAAACUCCUCCAAGAAGCAGCAAAUGCCAAGGAAAUCAAACAGUGGGAUGCGAAGGUAGAAGAAGAGCAUCAGGCUCUGAUGGAGGUGACCAAGUGUAACACGGAGUGUCUCCUCAGCUUGACGAUGCUCUUUGAUGAGAAGAGUGAACUGGAGCAUAAACUCAACGCCAGGCAGAAGAAAAUUGGCAGACAGUUGCAGGAUUUCAGCAGGCGUGCAGACCAGGAGGAGAUCUGGAGGCUUCAGGAGUUUGUGAAAACACAAUCCCAUCAGAUCGAGGCUCUCAGCAGAGAGAUUGACCUGCUGUCCCGUAAAGGAGGUCACGUCCUGCCAACCAGCCAGCCUCCACUCCCCCCACUCGCCCCUCUGUCCACCCCACAGACCACACCCACACCGUCAAACCAGGACCAGAGGCGUCUGUCCAAACAGCUUAAAGCACAGAAGUCACCCAGCGGGCAGGGAGCUAAUUAACUGAAGACAGAGGCCAGAAAAAACACAUUUGGUUGCUGUAUAUUGGGAGAACUCUGCUCACUAAUAUCACUUUCUUUAGAAUUAUUGAUAUUGUUAAGAUUAAAAUAAUCUGAAUUUAAAGUCUUAAAUGA